AUGAUAUAUCUAAGAUGCUACUAUAAAUAUUAUUAUAUAACUUUGUUGAGCAUUUUUCUCGUAUUGUGUUUAAAUGUUUAUUUGGUGUUUUUCUUUUCGAAAGACGAGUCACCCAUAGGAGCACCAGCCGUAAUAAAAUACAAUGCAACAUACUUUGCUUCUCAAAAUAUUUUGAAUUCAUUGAGUAAACUUGACAAAGAAUAUGAUGUUCCAGUUCCAACUAUUCAAUCAAAUGUUUUAAGAGAACUUGAUAUACUCUUAAGUAAUUUAAAAUUAAAGAUCAAUGGUGAUAUUGAUUUAUUUGCUGCUACUGUUAAAGUAAUGAACCAAAAUGGACUUAUGCCUCUUUAUGGUACACCAUAUCUCGGAUCAACUAUAAACUUAUUAAAAACAUCAAAAAUAAUCAAGACAUAUAAUGCUUUUAAAGGAACCCAGCUCAAGUUAAUACUUAUGUUUGAAAAUAAACAAGAAGUCUUAUUUAAACCAAAAUGGUAUCUAGAGUCUGAGGUUAUUGAAGGAAGUGUGUAUGCUGGUAAAGAUCGUUAUAAUGGUGAAAUAAUAGCAUUUUAUAUUUCUCUUAUUCUUGGAUUUCCACGUGUUCCAAUCGUGGUGAAACGAAUCUUAGACUCAACAGAAUUGCACGAAACAGCAAAUAUUGGAUUAAAAAAAACAAUGUAUGUCAAUUCAACAACCAAGGAAACAUGUGUGUAUGGCAAAUGUUAUUAUUGUAAACCCGAAGAUCCAGUAUGUACAAAAAGUGAACGUCUAGAAGGAGCAGCAAUAUUUCAUCUGCCAUCAAAUAUCAAGCUUAAACAACAUUUGCAUCCUUGGAGAAGGACAUAUAUUGAAAACAAAAGAGCAAGAUGGGAAGACGAUAAUGAUUACUGUGAUAGUAUAAAAUCUAACUAUAAUUCUGAAAGAAUCUUAGAUUUUAUUGAUGUAUCUAUUUUUGAUUUUAUUAUUGGAAAUGGAGAUCGACAUAGAUAUGAAGUUGUGGAACAAUUUAAUAAUACUAUUCUUCUCAUUGAUAAUGGAAAAAGUUUUGGGAAUCCUUACAAGGAUCACAUUGACAUAUUGGCGCCACUUUAUCAAUGUUGCAUAAUCCGUCUGAAGACAUGGGAAAGACUUAAGUCAAUUAAAGGCGGCACAUUCACAAACAUAUUACAAAGUAUGCUGGACGUGCAUGAAACCUUAUCUCUUCUUACUCUACCACAUUACCGCGCACUCGAGCGACGACUAAAAAUUAUUUAUGCUACUGUUGUUAUGUGUCAAACAAAAUCAGAUCGAUCAAUUCUCAAAUGA